UAUUAUUGAGCGAAGCAAUCGAACACGAAGACUUACAGUUUAAGACGUUGAAGAUCACGGACUUUGGGUUAGCCAGAGAGGCAAGUGAUGUAUGGAGUUACGGCGUUCUGUUAUGGGAGUUAUUGACGGGAGAGACACCGUACAAAGGAAUGGACAUGAUGGCUGUUGCUUAUGGUGUUGCUAUCCAGAAGUAUACUCUGCCGAUACCUAGUACCUGCCCACAACCAUGGAGGGAACUCAUGGAAAGUAAGUCGAUAGAUUAUCAUUUUGCUAACGUCAUGCCCAGUAAACACAAUCACUUGCUAUGCAUGUUCCAAGAAUUUCCUCUAAUAGCAAUAUCUCGUUCUAUAUAACACAAAAGAAUUUGCUAAGAAUAUAUUUCAAUUUCUCCUAUGACGCACACAUUUUCGUACUAGGUGAUUUGACAAAUUCUUCUCAGUCUAUGGUAGUCCCUUUGGAUAUCCAGAUGUCCGCCUAUAUGCAAGAAUCUGGAUACUAAAUACUGAUGUUAUGUAUUUAAUAUACCGAACGGAUAUCCGCUGAAUCCCUGCAUUAAAUAUUUAAAAAAAAUCUUUGUCAAACAUUUGUAGCCACAGUUUUUUUAAUAUACA